AUCAAAAAGCAGAUAAAAACUGCUCAGAAGUAUUAAAUAUGAAAUAUUGUAAGAAUAUGAAUGAAUAGGAAUAUAAAAAAAUUUACUUUUCUUACAUCGAAUAAGAAACAUUUUAGGUUUUCUAAAAAUGAUGAAAACAAACAAACAUAUAAACGCGGAUAUAGAAAAUGUUUUUAUAAUAUGUGCCCAUUUAUAAACCAUAAGAUGCAUGAGACUGGAGUAGCUUUACUUGUUUCAUUACGGAAAUGUUCUGAAUGUGGUAAAGAGUUCAAAAGCGCCUCUGGAUUGUUGAAACAUAAGAAGAGGAUUCAUUUUGGAAACGCCAAAUUUUAUGAAUGUGACCAAUGUGAUAAGAAAUUUUCAGAAAAUUCUAGUCUUAAACAACAUUAUAUGAUACAUACAGGAGAAAAACCAUAUGAAUGUGAGAUUUGCGAAAAGUGCUUUAAUCAUAAAGGUUCACUUUUAAAACAUACUAAAAUUCAUGAGACUGGAAUAUCAUCUCCUGUCCUGUUACAGAAAUGCACUGAUUGUGGAAAAGAGUUCAGAACUCAUUCUGGGUUAUGGAAACAUAAAAGGACUCAUUUUAAAGAUGCAAAACUUUAUAAAUGUGAUUUAUGUGGAAAGAAGUUUUCUGAAAGUUCUGCCCUCAAACAGCAUUAUAUGAUCCAUACAGGAGAAAAGCCAUAUGAAUGUGAGAUUUGUAAAAAGUGCUUUAAUCAAAAAAGUUCACUUUUAAAACAUACUAAAAUUCAUGUGACUGGAAUAUCAUCUCCUGUCCUGUCAGAGAAAUGUACCGAAUGUGGGAAAGAGUUCAGAACUCAGUCUGGGCUAUGGAAACAUAAACAAACUCAUUUUCAAAAUGCAAAACGGUAUGAAUGUGAUCUAUGCGGAAAGAAAUUUUCUGAAAGUUCUGCCCGGAAACGUCAUUAUUUGAUCCAUACAGGAGAAAAGCCAUAUGAAUGUGAGAUUUGCAGAAAGUGCUUUAUGCAUAAAGGAGCACUUGUAAGACAUAUUAGGAUUCAUGAGACAGGGAUAUUUUCUCCUGUGCUGUUACACAAAUGUUUUGAAUGUGAAAAAGAGUUUAAAAGCAUUUCUGGACUGAAGAAACAUGAAAGUAUUCAUUCUGAAAAUGUCAAACUUCAUGUAUGUGACCUAUGUGAUAAAAAGUUUUCUGAAAAUUCUGCCCUUAAACAGCAUUAUAGGGUACACACAAGAGAAAAACCAUACGAAUGCGAAAAGUGUAGAAUGGGGUUUAAUCAUAAACGUUCUCUUCUUAGACAUUACAAAGUUCAUGAGACUAGGAUUGAUAAUACAGUUCAGUUAUAGAAAUAUUCUGAGUGUGAAAAGGUGUUUAAAAAUUGUAGUGUAUUGUUAAAGCAUAAUAUAACUAAUUUUGGAGGAAUCAAAAUCCAUAAAUGUGUUCAGUGUGACAAGAAAUCUUCUAAAAAUUCAUCUCUCAAAAAAUAUUAUGUGAUCCAUAUGAGUGAAAAAUCAUAUGAAUGUUAGAUUUGCAGAAAGUGCUUUUUAUCAUUGGGAAUUACUUGUAAAACAUGUUAAACUGCACCAUUCUAGUUUAUCUUCUCCCAUUCCAUUACCAAAAUGUUCAGAAUUUGGAAUAGAAUUCAGAAGUACUUCUACUCUUUGGGGGCAUAAAAGAACUCAUUUUGGAAUUGCAUAGAUUUAUAAGUGUGAUUGAUAUAAUAAAAUGUGUUGUAAAAAUUCGCAACUCAAAACAGCAUUAUAUGGCCAUACAGGAGAAAAACCAUAUGUAUGUGAAAUAUAUAGAAAGUGCAUUAAUCAUAAAGUUGCACUUGUAAGACAUACUAAAGUUCACGAAAUUGGAAUAUCAUUUCCUGUCCUUUAACAAAAAUGUUCUGAAUGUAAUAAAUAAAUAAAUAAAAAUCGGAACUUAUUCUGGACUAUGGAAAAAUAAAAGGAAUUAUUUUGAAGAUGCAAAAUGUUAUAAAUGUGAUCUAUGUGGAAGAAAGUUUUCUGAAAAUUCUACCCUCAAACAGCAUUAAGUGAUCCAUACUGGAGAAAAACCAUAUGAAUGCAAGGUUGCACUGACAUGGCUGCAGAAUCACCAAUUAAUGAUCAGAUGGCUGAGAAUUUAAGGCCUUUUUUUACUGAAUAUCCAUCAUGAUGACUCUUAAUCCUAUUAUGGUUAAAUAUUCUCUUGUUUGUAUGAUGCUGAAGUUUGGAGAAGCUGAAGAAUAAUGCUGACUAAACAUUCGUCUUUAUCAUCUUAUUAAAAUUGAAUAUUGUUAAAGUUCUUUGUAUCUUCAAAGCAAAGUAUAUAUCUUACUAGAUUAAACUAUUAAUAUUUUAUUAAACAUAAUUUUAUAUAAUACUUAUUCAAGGAUUCAGUGAACAUUUUACAUAUCCUUAAAAUUGUACUAUUGUUAAUAUAAAUAUUAUUAUUAUUUAUUUUG